UAAGUAGUUACGCUCGUUUCCACGCUUCAGUUCAAAAUUAUUAUGUCCUGCACGACUCGCUGGUGAUGUUCGUAGACGUGGUGGGUUCGCGUAUUUACGAGGGCUACUUCGCGUGACGAUUGAUCUCGGAAGUGGCGACCGGGCGGCGGUGAGAAACGAUGAUUCUGUGUUACACGACGGUCUACGGGCUUCUGGUGGCGGCCGUGCUCGGUGUCAAUGCUCUUCACGCGAAAGAUCCGUUGGCACAUCACGGUAGAUGCGAGCCGAUCACGAUUAAUCUGUGCAUGAACAUACCGUACAACGAGACGAUUAUGCCGAAUUUAAUGAAUCACCAGAAACAAGAAGACGCCGGGCAAGAGGUGCAUCAGUUCGCGCCCCUGAUCAAGAUGAAGUGCAGUCCCGACCUUCGUUUCUUUCUAUGCACCGUUUACGCGCCCGUGUGCACUAUUAUUGACAAAGCCAUACCCCCGUGCAAAUCGUUGUGCGAGAGUGCCCGUGCGGGCUGCGAACGAUUAAUGAACAGCUUCGGUUUCGCUUGGCCGGAUAAUCUCGAUUGUUCGAAACUGCCCGAAAACGGCGGCCCCGAGCUUUGCGUUGGUCACAACGAAACCACAAGCCCGCAACCCUCGGCACCGGUCUAUCCGCCGCCACGGAGGCCCGUGGCUGAAUUUCAACCGUCCUGGACAGGACGACCGAAAUCGUUCGGCAACGGGUUCAUGGUCGGCGCGAGGGACUUCGGGUUCGUCUGCCCCCUGCAAUUCAAGGUUCCAAAGGAACUCGGUUACUCGUUGAAGGUCGGCAAUAAAGAGGAGCGUCACUGCGGGGCACCUUGCGACGGAAUGUUCUUUAACCCGAGUCAACGACAAUUUUCGAGAGUCUGGGUCGGCAGCUGGGCAUCCGUUUGCGCGGCUUCUUGCUUUUUCACCUUCUUGACAUUUCUCAUUGACACCGAUAGGUUCAGGUAUCCAGAAAGACCAAUUAUCUUCUUGUCAGUUUGUUACCUCAUGGUAGCACUGGCAUAUGUAAUUGGUUGGGCAGCUGGUAAUUCAAUUGCAUGUAGAGAACCUUUUCCACCCCCUUUAGAAAGAAUUGAAAUGAAAUCAACUAUAACACAGGGUACUAAACACGAACUGUGUACAGUACUGUUUAUGGUGCUUUACUUCUUUGGGAUGGCAUCCAGUAUAUGGUGGGUCAUCCUAACAUUGACAUGGUUCCUAGCUGCUGGUUUGAAAUGGGGCCACGAAGCAAUAGAAGCUAAUUCACAAUACUUUCAUUUGGCUGCUUGGGCAGCACCAGCAAUAAAAACAGUUACCAUUCUUGCAUUGGGAAAUGUAGAAGGAGAUAUAUUAUCUGGUGUCUGUUAUGUGGGACUUUCGAACAUGGAAGCUUUACGUGGGUUUGUCCUGGCUCCUUUGUGUGUCUACCUUAUCCUUGGAACUGCCUUCCUAUUAGCUGGUUUUGUUUCACUAUUCCGUAUUCGUACGGUGAUGAAACAUGACGGUACAAAGACUGAUAAAUUAGAGAAAUUAAUGAUUCGUAUCGGCAUAUUUUCUGUACUAUACAUAGUUCCUGCGCUAAUUGUCAUUGCUUGCUUGUUUUAUGAGCAAGCGUACUACGAUCAAUGGAUGUUGACGUGGAAUAUGGAGAUGUGUUCCAGACCAGAAUCACAGACAUUGUAUUCUCUGCCAUGCCCUGUUGGCGAACGUACUCGCGACGUUGGGAGACGAGCAGACUUCGAAGUUUUCAUGAUAAAAUAUUUAAUGGCUAUGAUUGUUGGUAUAACAAGUAGCUUCUGGGUAUGGUCGAGUAAAACGCUAACCAGUUGGCGACAGUUUUUUAAUCAUAUCAAAGGACGUCGCGCAGAAGCGUAUGUUUAAAGACUCAUAAUUCCAUACAACAGAACUUGUAAAGUUUUGUCUGUUUUAAUCAUCACAUCACAUCAUUGAUAUUUCAUUUGGAUGAUAAUCCACCAAACUAAUUCAUAACAAUAUAUAUUUCA